AUGCAGGGCACCCUAGGAGGAGCACUGGGCCCUGGGCUGUCCCCUGUGGUCAGACGGACACUUCUGGUCUGCACCUUCUUCCUGGCUGUAGUUUGGAGCCAAAUGAAUUUCACUGGAGACCAGGUUCUUCGAAUCCUGGCCAAAAAUGAGAAGCAGCUGUCACUUCUGAGGGAUCUGGAGGGCCUGAAGCCCCAGAAGGUGGACUUCUGGCGUGGCCCGGCCAGACCCAGUCUCCCUGUGGACAUGAGGGUCCCCUUCUCUGAGCUGCGUGACGUCAAAGAGUAUCUGAAGGCUCAUGGCCUCGCUUACACGGUCAUGAUAAAGGACAUCCAGGUGCUGCUGGAUGAAGAGAGGGACACCAUGGCAAGGUCCCGCAGGCUGGAACGCGGCACCAAUAGCUUCAGCUACUCUUCUUAUCACACUCUGGAGGAGAUAUAUAGUUGGAUGGACAACUUUGUAGCUGAACAUUCUAAUCUCGUCUCCAAAAUUCGAAUUGGCAACAGCUUUGAAAACCGGCCAAUUCUUGUCCUGAAGUUCAGCACGGGCGGCUCAAAUCGCACAGCCGUCUGGAUCGACACCGGGAUUCACUCCCGGGAGUGGAUCACUCACGCCACUGGCAUCUGGCUCUCAAACAAGAUUGUCAGUUCAUACAGCAAAGACCAUGUCUUGAAAAAAAUAUUGAAUUACAUGGAUAUUUUCGUAGAGGUUGUCACCAACCCUGAUGGCUUUGCUUUUACCCAUACCAUGAAUCGUCUCUGGCGAAAAAACAAGUCCAGUCAACCCGGCAUCUCCUGCAUUGGUGUGGACCUCAACAGGAACUGGAAGACAGGCUUCGGAGGAAAUGGUUCUAACAGAAACCCUUGCUCAGAGACUUACCGAGGGCCCUCUCCUCAGUCAGAGCCAGAGGUGGCUGCGAUCGUGAACUUCAUCACAGGCCGCGGGAACUUCAAAGUUCUGGUCUCCAUCCACAGCUACUCUCAGAUGGUCAUGUACCCUUAUGGCCAUUCUCUGGAGCCUGUGCCUAACCAUGAGGAGCUGUUCCAUCUUGCCAAGGACGCCGUGAAGGCUCUGUACAAGGUGCACGGGAUCCAGUACAUAUUUGGCAGCAUCAGCACCACCCUCUACGCAGCCAGCGGGAUUACAGUGGACUGGGCUUAUGACAGCGGCAUCAAGUAUGCCUUCAGCUUCGAGCUCCGGGACACCGGGCAAUACGGCUUCCUGCUGCCAGCCUCACAGAUUGUUCCCACGGCCCAGGAGACAUGGAUGGCCAUACGGACCAUCCUGAAACACGCCCUGACUCACCCCUAUUAGCCACGCUCCGAAGCCAGAGCAGAGGGGCUCACCUCUUCCCCCAAGGCCUGGACUCCCCCUGAAGCCCAAUUAA